AUGACUGUAGAGAGUAGCGAAAAAAGAGACGAAGAAAAAUCGCAGCCUCCUGAAAUAGACAAGAAUAAAAACAGCGCGAAAUUCGAUGCAAAGUCCAAGUUCUUCCGGCGAUUCCGUUUGACCCGCUCGAAAAGCCGCCAAGCAGCCGAUCAAAAUCGGGAUCAGGAUCAUCCCCGGAUCAGGAGAUCCAAUUCACUCACCCAGCUACCGGAGCCGAAAUAUUCUGUCCAGGACUGGCUGAUAAAACGAAGAGCAGUAGCCGACGAAGAAUUAUACGUUGGAAACACGCUGAUGAAGCAAAAGCAACGAUUGUGGGUGAAGACGGGCGGUGAAAAUCGCGGAAGCGAGAAGAGCUGCUCCCUCCCCGCCGGAAAUCGAUUGCCCGAAUCCAGCGACAUAGAACAGAUUUUAUGCAGAGCGGCGCGAAUUCGAAGAAGAAGGGACCGAAGCAGGAGUAAUGACCCUCUCAAGAAGAGCGAGGGCCUCCAAUCAUCGACUAAUCAGAUUACGGCCGACACCGAAUCCGAAAAUUACGGCUCUAGCAACACUCUUCACUCAAGCACGCAAAUCUCCGAAGACUCCUUCAUUCUUUCUAAAAAAUGGCGAAUGCAUUUGAACCCGGAAGCGGGCUCAAUUUCCACCGACUACGAUCCAAACUCGAGUACGAUCGGCGAGUCAGCAUCCAGCGGCUACUGGUCACGUGGCGAAAAAGAAACCGACAAGGAGGAGAUUCCGGAAAAGACGCCGUUGGACCUGGAUCUCGAGAAAAUCCGCCCCGAAAGCCUCCGCCUGCCCGAGCAAAUGCGCGUUCACCGUACCCAGCACGAGCAGAUUAGCCAGAAUCACAUAGAAGGGAGCCGGAAGGAUGAAGGAUACUUCUACGUGGCGCUGGUCGGGGAUAAUAGCAACGCAGACGAACAGGCCUCGCGCAAAUCCUCGCUCAACUCCAGUUACAGGGUCCACUCUGGUUACUGCGAAAGCGAAGAAGCAGAAAUUGCUGAGCGCCGUCGACGAACCCGCCAAUGCUACGCAAAACUCCAGCAACGACGUCAAUCUAACGAUAGUCUCUCUUCCUCCUGCGUAGUCCCAGUCGCCAACGGACCACGAAGAAGCAACUCUGCUCAAGUCAAACGCUCAAGUCCAAAAAUCCAGUCCGAAGAUGUCAAAGUCGAAAAAGUCGACAACAAGGACGAAUGGAAGAUCACCAUCAAAAUCAGCUGCAGCCAGAACAAUAAUUCUGAGGAGAACAAGAGCGACAAAGAACUGGAAAAAAGCUCCACGGAGAAAUCCGUCGCCCAUGCUGACGCGAUGACAGCUACUGUCACUCAAAAGCAAGAGACACAGACGCAAACUUCACGUUGCGAGUCUCCAACGCGGUCCGACUCGCCUCUUGUGGUCAAGUGGCAAACUUCGCCUGCUGCUCCAAUCAUCAAAACGAGCAAGGACGUGUUCACUCCUAACAGCACAUCAACCCCUAAGAAAGAAGCAUUCAGUCGCCCGAAAGUCACAACAGUACUUCCAUCACUUCCAACUCGCCCGAGUUUCUUGUCAAAAAUCGCACCUCCAACAACAUCACCAGCAAGCAAACCAAUCUUAGAACGGCCAAUUACGAGCCGCUUCCAGCGAAAACGAACCGACUUCAAAUCGGUUCUGAACCAGUGGCAAGAACGAGCAUCUUUGUCAGAGCUUCAAUAA